AUGCCCGGUAAUCAGCCGGAUGAUGCAACUGAUGAAGAUGCGACUGAAUUGAAAUUUCCGAAAGAAUUUGAACAAGCUGAUACUUUGCUAACAUCGGAAGUAUACUUACUGUUAGAACAUCGACGCCAGCAAAGUGAGCAAAAGGAGGAGAUCGACGAGAUGAGUGAUGUAUUCGUGAAAACUUUAAAUUAUACGCGACGAAUGGCACGUUUUAAAAAUAGAGAAACAAUUCGAGCUGUUAGAACUUUGUUGGCAACGAAACCGCUACAUAAAUUCGAGGUUGCGCAGAUUGCUAACCUUUGUCCAGAAACAUCUGAGGAAGCGAAAGCGUUAAUUCCCAGCCUGGAAAAUAAGAUGGAGGAUGACGAGUUGGACGAGGUGUUGAAAGAUUUGCAUAGCAAGAAAACGUUUCAAUGA